UUGUCUCGUCCUCGUCCGUGUCGCGGCCGGCCGGCCGGCCGGAAUGCGCCCCGCCGCGGCUGCCUCUCUCUCUCUCCCCUCCACCUCCCGGACUCUGGUGGCGCUCUGCCCGGUCGCCGGCUCGCCGCUGCAGGGUACCAGGGCCCAACGGAGGCUGGAGCGAGGCGGGCGCACGCGCCGCUCGAUUUUAUGCAUCCGCGAGGAGGUGGUGGAUGCUCCCACUCGCGGCAGAAGUACCUCGAUCGAUUCCAUCGAUUGAAACCUCACAUCGUUCCACGAAUUAAAAGCGGCGGGAGAAGAAAGAAGUCGGGACUUGCAACAUUUCAGUCUAAUGCUCACAUGAUGCGUUCAUAGAUGGCAACUAAGAAAUGUGUGGAAUCCUCAGAGGAGCUGGGACGCUGCAGCAAGCAAAGGUGUAAGGCAAAUGUCUCAUCUUUCUCCUUAUUCCUUCUCCCACCGGACCAGCUCCUUUGCUUGUGGCUUCAGUCCUUCUAAUGACUGGGAUGGUGCUUUAGCUUUAGCUUUAGCUAGCUAAUAACUUUGCUUAAAUCCAGGGAAGCAGUGAUUCUGUUCUGUCUGCCGUGUGGAACAGAAAGAAACAAAACAAGCUUCCUGAUAAAAUGUACAGAGAAGGAAGUUGUGAGAUCAUCAAAAUGGACAUGCGUAACAAACACCGUGCACUUGCUUUUCUAACACUACUUUAAUUUCUACAAUGCCUUUUGCUGCUGAUUAGGAGUAUGCCCUGAAAGGUAAUAACAUGUUUCUGUGGAGUUAAUUAGGAUUUCGGUAUAUGUCUGAGAUUUUAAAGGUUACUGCCCUGUGUCGAGAAUGUAUUACUUUAGCAUGUGUCCUUUGAGUGUGCUAUCAAGAUAAGAUAGAGGAAGAUGUCACUUGUUCCUCCUGCCACCUUGAAGCAGAAGAAGGAACGUUUCGUAUUUAAUUUGCAAAGCAAAGUAUCUUCUUUUGCUUUCCUUGAGACGCAUGAAAGCAUCAGCAAGUGGGUAUCUUUCCUAUUUCUUCAGCAUAUUAGCUCAGAUCAUGAACCUCUUCUUUGCACAUUGUGUUUCUACAUUUUCCUCUAUUGCUUUAGCUGUGUGUGAGAGAGAAAAAAAGGGUGGUGAUGGAAGCAACAGGGCUUAGCCUUGGCAAGUCUGUGCUAGAUGGAGCUCUUGGCUAUGCUGAAUCCGCCGUUGCAGAAGAGGUUGCCUUGCAGCUUGGCAUCCAGGAAGACCAAGCUUACAUCAGGGAUGAACUCGAGAUGAUGAUGGCUUUCCUGAUGGCAGCACAUGAGGAGCGAGAUGAGCACAAGGUGAUCAAGACCUGGGUGAAGCAGGUCCGUGACGUAGCCUAUGAUGCGGAGGACUCCCUCCAGGAUUUCGCUGUACGUCUGGGGAAGCCAUCAUGGUGGCGCAUCCCUCUCUUGCUGCUUGAACGCCGUCGUGUGGCCAAGAAUAUGAAGGAGCUCCGAGCGAAGGUUGAGGCUGUCAGCCAGAGGAAUGCACGCUACCACCUCAUCAAGGGCCCUGGCUCCAAGGCUAUCACCACCUCUGGAAAGUCCAAUUUGGCCAGGGAAACAAUGUCUAGCACUGAGGAAGCAAGGAGGCAACAUGAAAAUGCAAAGAUCAAUCUCAUUCAAUUGAUUAGCAAGAAAGAUGAGAACCUUAGGGUGAUCUCUGUGUGGGGAACAAGUGGUGUUCCUGGGGAGACAUCUAUCAUAAAAAUGGCCUAUGAUGAUCUUGAGAGAAAGAAGAAGUUUGAGUGCCAUGCAUGGAUCAGGAUCAUGCAUCCUUUCAAUCAAACAGAGUUUGUGCACAAUAUCAUCCAGCAAUUCUAUGUCAAUUCUCUAGAGGAAGCAACAAUGACAUUGGAGAAGCUGACUCCUGGGGCCCAAGAUCUGCGGAGGAUAUGGAUGAUGAGUGAAGUUGAUUUGGUUGAUGAGUUCAAGAAAGUUUUGAAUGACAAGAGUUACCUAGUUGUGCUUGGCGAUCUCUCCUCUAUGGAAGAGUGGGAUCAGAUUAAAACAUGCUUCCCAAAAAACAUGAAUGGGAGCCGAAUCAUUGUUUGCACAGAAGAUAUCACAGUUGCAAACUUAUGUGUUGGGACUGCGCUGCCAGAGCACAAGCAAUUGUCGGUCGAUCAUAUUCUUUAUGCUUUUUAUGAGAAGAGUUCACAAGGUGGAACAGAUUCAAUGGAGGAAGGCUCUAGCUCAAACACUAUGGAUAGUAUUGAUAGUAAAAAUUAUAUGGGCAGAAAGAAGCUGCCUCGUAUGGAGACGACAUUAGCUGCUUUUGAAGAAUCUCAGCUCAUCGGGCGAGAUAAUGAAAAGUCAGAAAUUAUCAAGAUGAUUUCAAAUACGCAUAGCCAAGAAUUUGAGGUGAUCUCUGUCUGUGGAAUGGGUGGUCUUGGGAAGACUACUUUAGUCCAAUAUGUCUACCGAAGCCCAGAACUCAAUGCAAUGUUUGAGAAGUGUGCUUGUGUCACAAUCAGUCGUCCUUUCAAUUCCGAAGAGCUUGUUUGUAGCUUAGCUUCACAACUGGGCGGUGGCAGUUUGGUUCAUCUUCUAGAAGGAAAAAGCUAUUUGAUUGUUCUUGAUGAUAUAUCAUCCACCACAGAAUGGGAUGCUAUAGUAGAACAUUUCCCUACAACUGUUACAACGAGCAGGGUUAUAGUAACCACAAGAGAAGAGAAUAUUGCUAAGCAUUGUUCAAAGAAAGAAAGAAACAUAUACAAGCUCAAGCUUUUGGGAGACAAAGAUGCACAUGACCUCUUCACAGAAAAGGUGUUUGGGACUGUUACAUAUUUGGAUGAGUACCCUGAGUUAGCUGACGAAGCAAAACUGAUUCUGAAGAACUGCAAUGGACUUCCUCUUGCAAUAGUCACCAUGGGUGGUUUCUUGGCGAAGCAACCAAAAACUCUGAUGGAGUGGAGAAAACUGAAUGAACAUAUUAGUGCUGAGCUGGAGAUGAAUCCAGAGCUUCAGAGGAUACCCAAUGUCCUUGUUAAAAGCUAUGAUGGCUUACCUUAUCACCUCAAGUCUUGUUUCUUGUAUUUGUCUAUCUUUCCUGAAGAUUACACUAUUAGCCGGAAACGCCUAGUGCGUCGGUGGAUUGCAGAAGGCUACCCAAAGGAGGUGCGUGGCCAGUCUGUGAUGGAAAGAGCUGACAUGUACUUUAUGGAACUCAUUGACAGGGUUAUGAUACUACCAUUGCAGCAAUCAGUUCUCAGCAGGAAAAAAAUUGACUCUUGCAAAGUCCAUGAUCUCAUGCGUGAAAUCAGUAUUUCAAAGUCAACAGAGGAAAAUCUUGUUUUUAGGCUGGAAGAAGGUUGUAACUUAAACACACAUGGGGCAAUACGCCACCUCACUAUAAGCAGCAAUUGGGAGGGAGAUAAGGCAGAGUUUGAGAGCAUGAUGGGCCUGUCUCGUAUAAGGUCAUUAACGGUGUUUGGAAAGUGGAGACCACUUUUCCUUUCUGACAAGGUGCGUCUGCUGCGAGUGCUAGACUUGGAAAAUACAAAAGAUCUGAUGGACCAUCAUCUUAUGCAAAUUGGCAAACUUCUUCACCUGAAGUACCUUUCUAUAAGAGAAUGCGACAAUAUUUUUCACCUUCCAGAUUCAUUGGGUAAUCUGAAGCAGCUGCAGACAUUGGAUAUUAAAAAUACAAGGAUAAUAAAACUGCCAAACACCACAAUCAAUCUGAGGAAGUUACAGUAUAUCCAUGCUGGGGGCAAAACUUUUGACACAUACGAGGAAGUUGUAAGAAAUUUGCCAAAGCUAUUGCAGAACAAGAUAUGCCUUUUGACGAUUUUAUCAUUGUUUGUUUGUGCCCUGUGGUGCUCACCUCAGAUUAUGCAUGAUGAUGUCGCAAAUAGGAGUGAUUUGUGCUCUUUAUUUUGGCACUGGCAUGCCCCUUUGAUACUCAAGGAGCUAAGCGGAUAUGGUGUUAUACUUCCGAGAGGAUUAAGAAAGCUGAGAGGGCUGCAGACACUGAGUGGUGUUGACAUCGCUGUGGGUAAAGGCAUCCUGAAGGAGAUAAAAAGGCUCACCCAAUUGCGCAGGUUAGCAGUGAGCGGCAUCAACAAGAAAAACUGUCAAGAGUUCUGCUCCACCCUUGAUGAUCUCAGGUGCCUGGAAUCGCUGACAGUGCAUUCGGUGGUGGAGCCAGGUUUACAUGGCUGCUUGGAUGGUGUGUCCUCGCCCCCAACAAGCCUCCAGAGCCUCAAGCUGGCCGGCAGUCUGGUCAAAUUGCCUGGAUGGAUAGCGGGGCUCCACAAUCUUGUGAAGUUGAAGCUUAAAAAGACUAAGCUGUCAGAGUUGGACGCCACCAUAUGGGUCCUUGGCAAGCUGCGAAACCUGGCCAUCCUACGUCUUUUGAAGGACUCAUUCGAGGGUGAAGAACUCGGCCUCACUUUCCAUCGGGAAGCAUUCCCGAGUCUGAUGGUCCUGCAGCUCGAAGGCGUGCAUUUUGAAUCUGUGGAAUUCAAAGAAGGAGCAACACCUAAGCUCGAGCUGCUGCUGAUUGGUUAUAAUUCCAUAAGCUCCAUCUCUGGGCUUUCAUCUCUCCCAAGCCUCAAGGAAGUUGUUCUUGACGAUGUUAGCCGAGACCUGAGGGUGAGGGAUAUGGUGCAGGAGCAGCUUUCCAGGAAUCCAAAUAACCCUGUCUUCAAGAGGUAGAACGGUGUACGUGUGGUGUGGUCAACCGACUGAAGAUAUUCCUUUCAAAUUGUGAUUUUGUGUGCGCCUGCUCGGCUGCUCCCCUCCUAAUUGUGUAACGCCGAACUGUGUGUGUUUGUGUUUUUUUUCUUUGGUUUAUUGAUAAGUUACAUUUGUACAGUCCCCUUGUGUACAGGAACCUCAAAGAUAUCCGUUUCAAUCAAUGUAACGCUGUUGAACCAUUCCAAGCUGUUCGUUUAUUGUCUCAAUUCACUCAUUUUGCAGUGUGUACAAACCCCUUGUAAUCUUUGUAUCGGUACGGUGGCGUAAGCUGAAGUUCUUUAUUUCUUCAUU